AUGGCGAACAUGGAACGCUACCAAUGCAUCGACCUCGAGGGCGUGGUCGUUGCAUAUGGUGCGGAGUUCGAUUAUGGGAGGAUGAGCACUUGGACUGUGCCAAAGGGCCUGCGGGUAAAGGACGAGACGUUAUGGGAGGCUACGUCCGUCACUUUUACCCGGGGUACUGCCACACGUCCUACGAUGUGCGAGGAAUGUGGCCUCGCAACAUCCGAGACGACAAUGGCAGAUCGCUUUCGCCUUCGCGAUUUUUUUAUCCGCAUGCUGGAAGAGGGCUGGUACACCGUGAUCGCAGUCAUCGGCUUGGUAGACGAUGAAGGGGACCAUGAGGGGCCAUCCGGAGACCGUACCCCUUCUCCUGACUCAAAUGCCGCCGGAGGAAUUGGCGAAGCACCGGUAUCGACCGGGCCUGUCCCGGUACCUGCCAGGAGCCGUGAUAAAUCCUCGAGGGAAUCGCUGGAGGAGCACAUUCCAGGACCGAAGACAGCGAUCACGGCUGGAGGACAGGUCGGGCAUCAUGUCAGUGCCUUGGAGAGUCUUUUGGUCAAAAAGAACGACAGAGAAAGCUCGGGUAGCGACUCUUCGACCCGAAAACCUCCCCCUUCGAAACUCGCCAGACUCGAGGCCCCAGGUUUCGGUGGCCCAAACAGGCGUGGAGGAGGCCCAGAGUUUUUCGACAUCGAUCCAGAUUUCUCAGUCAAAAAGGAAGACAACGACGACGAAUUGAAGAGUGCUGCCCCCCCUGUCCUAACGACAGGGCUCCGGUCUCGGAGAGAACGUGAGAGAGAGCGAGCCACGCCCUAUGAUCAAGAGACCCCCCCUUGGGUGGCAGCCUUGGAAGGCAGACUCCUCACGCAACUUGAACCUAUCAAGCAGGACGUUUCAGAUAUGAACGUCCGGCAUCUCGACAUGCAUCGUGAAAUGGUUCAUUUUACAUCCGAGCUUCAAAGCCAUAAAGUCCGACUUGACACUCAUGAUGCAGUUCUCAAAGAACAUACUGAGCGGGGUGAAGCUCACCACCUCCGCAUUUCAGCCCUUGAACGAGAAGUGAGAGACUUGAGGGCUGCCUCGCGUUCGCCGACACCUCAGAGAGCCCCCCCUUCCCCCAGAGGGAGCAGUCCAAGGAGUGAGCGAAACAUCGACGAGGAAUUGCAGUUGGCAAUUGGGGGCUGGGAAGACGCUAGAAGGGAUGAAGCGGUUGAAGAAGCCAAAGCGUUUUUUGAGGCCAUGCAGCUUGAGAAGUCCUGGCUCGACAUCUGGAGCCCGUACUCGCGUACCUCCCAUGUCCGAGUCACCCUGCAGUUCCCCGACAACUGUAAGAACGUUCCCCAGCAGCGAGCCUUUCAAACACAGGUUCUGGACAAGCUGAAAUCUAAGAAGUUUCUCAGCAACAUCCCCGGGCAAGAGUGCAGAGAGCUAUGGGUGCAAAGACACCGAACUCCCGAAGACCGUGCAAAGAUUCGGGCCAUUGUCUCGGUUAAGGAGUUCAUCGAGCAAUUAACAUUUGCACAAGGGUUUACCAAACGCCUGGCAGAGAUCGAUUGGCGAGGCAAGCUCUUCGUUGGUAACAUCAAUGUUUUGGGCUCUCCCGACUCGGCCGAUCCCCUGCAGGACGAUGACUUCCCCCUUUCAGAUGCGAGGGGUAACCACUCAGGCUGGUAUAUCAAGGGGGCCGCUUUCACCAAGGCCACAGGUCUGACUUCGGAAAGCCUCCCGGAGCGUUGGGAGACCCGCAUCACCAAGCGCCCAUAG